AUGAGGCUUCGUUUUGGGAUGAUGAUGCCCAACUUGCUAGACUUGGCUGCUAUUGCUGGCCUUCGCCCUCAUGGAGAUGAUUUCUCGGCCGCCAACCUUCUGGAAGCCAAGGUGGGUUUAGAUUUUCACAAGUCAAACAAGACCUUGGGAAGUUGGGUGAAGAUGUAUCUUGGCCAUGGUGGAGAUCCCACCGACCCUCCUUCCAUCAAUGACGUAUCCUAUACUGAGCAUGUGGCUUUUCUUGUGAUAUGGUUGUGCAAGUUCUUGGCAUGCCCAAAAUCCGAUGGGAUUACUAAGGAAUUUCAAGCCUUGGCGGAGGUACUUGCGGAUGGCCAUCAAGUGGCCAUGGGCCCAAUCUUUCUUGCCUAUCUUUAUAAAGGGCUCCACGAGCUAUAUUUUCCGGAAUUAAGUCCCACUACCAUUUGCCCAAACAAUAAAGCACUUCUGGGUCUGCCCUUGCUCAACACCCCAUGCCGGAAGCAUUAUGUUGAGGAUUGCUUCCGAUUUUUCCAUGAGUGCCAGGAGAGGACUAGGGAGCAUCUCUCCAUUUUCCUAGAUCACCGUUUCCCGAAUUAUCUAGCCCUGGAUCUUUCCUCAUAUCCUACGGAAGAGAUGAAAGAAGAGAGACAUAAUAUGUGGGCAACCGACACCAUCGAGAAGGAAAAUCCUCCCACCGACAUUAUUGAGAGAGAGAGCUCGGCCAAAUCUGCCGAUGCAAAUUCUGGGCAGGACGAGAAAAGGCCCAACGCCCCCAUCCAAGCUGACACCACGGCCAUUGAGGCUGAAUUUCAGCCCCUUUUUGUCAUAAGCUCGGACCCUCCUUCAACUUGCCCUCUCAAGACGCCUCGAAGUGGCCCAACUUUUCAGGCGGAUGUGGUGGAGUCUACCGUCAUUAUGGUCAACCAUGCGAUCGUCACCAGUGGUGCGCCUUCCACUAUUCCCACUGACGGAAGUGCACCACAUGAGCCCGUCCUUAUGUUGACCUCGGGAGCUCCUGCCUUGGUGGUCAAUGCUACUCCGUCUAAACUCCAACUUGAGAUUGGAGAGUCUUCAUCCUUUGUUCCCGUCGAGAUUACCAUGACUCCGUCGGCGGAGGAUGGAAGGAGCUUGGCCAUGGUCCUUCAUGAAGAGGCCCUUCUGCCAUCCCCUAAUCAGCCAUCUGGUGACAUUUUUGACUUUCUAGAUCAGUGGGAUGCAUUUAUAUCUUCGGUGGAGGCUUUCACUCGCCUUGCCACUUCUUCCACCACGACCGGGACCCUACCAGAUUCCGGGGCUGAGGCCUUACUUCGGUCAUACAGAGAUGGAGAUCUCAUGUCCUUGGAGGACAAAGAUGAGAGAAACAAGCUCAAGACCGCCAUCGAGAGUUUGGCGAGUUAUGGCUUUUUCCCUGAUCCACGCUCGGCGGCUAUGAUCACUUAUCUCUUUGGUCAAGUGCAGAAGUUUGCCCCCCGCCGCCAUCCUUUUCUGGAGGAGCAAAGGAUGGGCCCAGACCUGGAGUAG